UGUUGGACUUACAGGGAGCUGCAUCAAAACACAGUCCUGCAGCCGCCCCCUUGCUAUGCUACUACUUCAACCUUUUUUUUUAUUUUUAAAUCUCUUUAGCGAGGACACGGCCAACAUUUUUUUUUUUUUUUUUUUAAUCACAAACCUGACCUCGCAAAUCCGUCCGCGGCUCCGUAAUGUGCUGCGUGCUGCGUGCCACACAUACUACUAAUCCCUGGAUCCUCCCGAGUAGGACCAUGAUUUCUGGGACGGUGUUGCCAGGGGGAAGGUGGUGCCCGGGACCUGUUGGAAAUGACAGCUGAAGAAGGCGGAUGGAAGCACGGGGAUCACACAAACACUAAACGCAGAAGAUAGCGAAGAAAGUCCCUCUCAUCACCGGUGUAAAGGGGUUGUAGAGAUGGAAUCCCUGAUGAGCGCGGUGGCUCCGCGCUCCCCAGCCCCCGCCAAGAAGCUAUCGGAGGUGGACUUCCGGUCAGGGGCCACCCUGGAGCAGCUGUCGGCACAGGUGUCCGAGCUGGUAGUACUGGAGCAGGGGGAAUUUGGAGACCAGACCGCCUUAGAGGUCCACACUGCCAAGGACUUCAUUUUCAAUAUGCUAGGCUUAGUCCAGAAGGUGGACCAGCGCCUCCCAGUGGCCAACGAGUACCUGCUGCUGUCAGGCGGGGCUCGAGAGGGCGUCUUGGACCUCAACCCCGAGGACCUGGGAGACUACGCUAAAGGGGCCGACUUCGACCUGGAUUUCACCCUGCUGGUGCCGGCGCUGAAGCUCCAUGACCGCAACCAGCCGGUCACCCUGGAUAUGAGGCACUCGCCGCCCUGCCACUCAUGGCUCAGCCUCCGCCUCUGCGACUCCAACAUCCUGUCCCGCUGGAGCAUCUGCUGCCAGGAGGAAAAUGGCCUUCCCACCGAGGAAGAUGAGGAGGAAGAGGGGGAAAUGGGUAAAGCCUCCAUUCCCGCCCUGAACUCUCCCCAGUCUCUGGACGGCUGCUACUUCUCUCCCAGCCUGGUGACAGACUGGUUCUGGGGGGUUGUCAGCGAGGCGGUGGAGGAGCUGAGACGCAGCCCCCAGAGAGGCAUCCCCACCCCCGACCGACUGGAGAGGAACGGACCCCUCACUACCAUCAUCCUUCAGGCAGGCUCGAGCCGGGUGCUGUACGACCUGCUGCCUGUGGUGUCGUUUCGGGGCUGGCCUGCUGUGGCCCAAGGCUGGCUGACUGCCAACCACUUCUGGGAUGGUAAAAUCACAGAGGAGGAAGCCAUAUCUGGCUUCUAUCUGCUGCCCUGCUGCUCUCCACUGGGUGGUCGGCCUGACAGAGAGUGGAGGCUGGCGUUCUCACGCAGCGAGGUUCAGCUGAAGAAGUGCAUCCCCUUCCCCAUGGCUCAGGCUUUCCAAGCAGCCAAGGCGGUACUGUCUCGCAUCCUGGCCCGUCCUCGCACAGGCCUCAGCCUCUACCACCUGCGUACCCUUCUCUUCUGGGCCUGUGACCGCCUCCCCGCUGCCUACCUGUCCUGCCCCGACGCCGACACCCCCGGCCGCCUCCUGCUGGGUCUGCUGGAUGACCUUGCUCAUUGCAUUCUAGGUAAAAACUGUCCAAAUUACUUCCUCCCCCAGUGCAACAUGUUGGAGCACCUGACCGACAGCCAGGCGCUGCUGGUCGCCAGGAAGCUGGCCCACGUGCGCUCGGAUCCCAGCGAGCACCUCCGGGCGGCCCUGGACCAAGCGCAGCAGGCGGGCCAGCUGAAGAAGGAGCUAACAGCUAGCACGAACGGCCACGGCUCCCCCGGGCAUCACCCAGCCAAUGGCAUCAUCUCGCCUUCAGAGGACAAGCUGGCGCAGCGGCUGCAGCAGCUGGUCACAGAGAACCCUGGGAAAUCCAUAUCCGUCUUCCUGAACCCCGAUGAUGUCACCAGGCCGCACUUUCGCAUCGACGACAAGUUUUACUGACGCGCCACCGAGACGAUGUGGAAACGUAUUUAGCCGACAAGCACACGCCGAAAAUGCUCUGAGACGUCACAUCAGAGCGUAGGGACACUAACAAUCAGGCGGGUGUUCUUCCUUCAGAACACCGCGGCCCUGAAACUGCACACACGCCUCUUGUUGACCACCCUAAGGCUGAACAAGAACAACGCGAUGAAGCCUUGCUGCUCAACUGACUCUUCAAACCAAAAAAAAAAAAAAACAACAACACACAUUUUCCUACUGCUGACGUCCGAUUCGUCAGACGUCACGUAACAGACAUGAUGUCACCAAGCUGUUGCCACGGAGACAGCCCUCUCCUUACGAGCUGGCCUUAACGAGACUCAUCAGCUGGUGCUACAAGGACAAGGGCCGGCUUUAGUCAUGUAUAAUACGUCACAGAAGAGUGUGUGUGUGUGUGUGUGUGUGUACAUGUUCGCCUGAGGGUUUCACACAUGACUUACACUUCUAAAGACAGUGGGAGAAAAGCUCCUUGAUUGCUGCAUUUCUCCCCUUUUUAUUUCGGAUCAGAGUGGGCGAUGGCUGAAUUAGAAAGGAAAAACUAGGUGUGGCUGAUGUAACUGAAUGUAAUGUUGUGAGGAGAACUGCCGAGUCUUUGAACAAAGAAUCUCUUUUCUCUUUCAACUACAUUUUAGCCCCUCCCCCUUUUCCUUUCCACCCUCUCGCCUCGAUUUAUGGCGUCUUUUUUUUUUCUUUUUGUUUUUAUCUUUCUCAGGUAUGCACAACCUUUUUUGAUGUAUAUGAUUCCCUUUUAAAGUUUUUAACGACAUUUCACGUCGCUUACAUUUCAUGGGGUGAAUGGAAUGUACCAAAGAGCAGUGUUUGGUUUGCAAAGAGAAAACAUGUUUUACACAUCCAUCUAGUUUAGAUCCAACUCGAUGAAUCUACUACUGAGUCAUGAUGACAUUGUUAAUUCGCCUUUUAUUUCUUCAAAAGUCUCGGUCACACCAGCUUGUAAAAUGGUUGCAUUUAGCUGCGAAAUCAGUUCAUUCCGAUCGACUCGGGGUAAUGAAUGGGUUUUAGCUCGAGGUGAAAUGAAUAGUGCAAAGCUUACACGUCAAGUUUAACUUUGAGAAGCUUUUGUAGCUUCAGAAAGCUGUGUUGCACCAUUUGAUUCUGUGUUGCAGUGGAAACCGCUCCGCAAACGUGCUCGCAAAAGCUUAUGAGGCAGGAGUUCAUGGUUGUCAACAUUUAUCAUUUCGAUUUUUGAUUUCAGAAGUCAGAAUUUUUUAUUCAAGAGAUCUACAACGACGGCUCAAAAUGCCAGUUAGAGAUAUCCGUUGUUUAGUUUUGUCUGGUAA